AUGUUUUACGAUACCAGUGACACGGAUGAAAAAAGAGGUUUCGUCAGUGAAACCGAUAAGAAGGAAUGUCCACAUGACGGUAAACCAAUUACUAUGAUCGAAAUGUCGCCAAACGGCAAAUAUAUUGUUACAUAUAGUGAAAUAGACGAUACUGUUGUCGGGUGGAAUGUUGACGAUAAAGAAGGCAGUCUUGAGCCAAUCAAAGCCGAUGAAAACGAUUCACACAUUAUACACAUUGAACACAAAGAGAGUAAGAUCGUUCACAUGUGUGUUUCCGAUAAAAAGAUACUAGCGUAUAGUAAUGUCGAAUAUGGAUCACGUGUUUCGACUUCUGAUCUGAAAUCAAAUGGUAUACAUGAUCAUUUGAAGCUAUAUUUUAAAUAUUUUUUGGAUAAAUUUUAUUGCAGCUUUAACGCUAGAGAACAAUUUAUUUUGUUUGGCGUUGACGGUGAUAUACAAGAACAUAAUAUUGUCUGGGUCUAUUUAACGCGAGGAAACAGAUGGAUGUGUCAAAAGAUUUAUACAGUACCUGCAAUAACAGAGAUAAUAAGCAUAUCAAAAUUUGAUAAAAUUUGGCUACGCUCAGAUGAUCAUAUCCAUGAAUGGAAUAUUAUGAAUAAGGAAACGAUGGUCAUCUCAAGAAUCUCACGCGGGAUUAAAACGAAAGAUAUUAGAAUUUCUGAUUAUAAAAAAUAUACCUGUCUAAAAAUAAAGAACAAUAUCAUUGUUUAUUCAAGUUUGAUGGGGAUUCCUAUUCCUAUCGCUUCGGUGGACUUAAAUGAUGAAUUACGACUGUUCAAGUUUAUGAAAAAUACUCCUGAAUUACAUUGUUUGCUGCUGACUUUAAUAGAUCAAAAUUCAAACAAUAAAAUUUUGGAUUAUAUCACAAAGUACUGUCGGAAUAUUUGCUUAGAUCAAUUUAAGAAGCAUAAUCGACCAUCCACAGAAUACGAGGCUGAAGAUUUACCAAACCUUCCUUGCUUAUUUUACAAUUGCCAAUCAAACAACUAUAUGAUUUUAGUUGUAGGAGGAUAUGUUUGGAAGAUUCAAAUUGACAAGAUUGAUUUCGAUCUUUCGUUGGAGAUAAAGGCUGAUUAUGAUGAUCAAUUCACGGAAAGUUGGAUGACAUAUUUUGAUCGUGAUGAUAGUGAAAAUUAUGAAAAUCCAUUUAUUCUAGAUAUGAACAUUGACAAAGAUAUACUGUUUCUACAAAUACCUAAAAGUUAUAAAGAUGAAGAUAUUAGAUUGGAUAUUUUCAUUCUUAAUGAAAUUAUUGGAUUGCGCGUUUUUAAUGUUAAAAAUGAGCAAAUUUGCGAGUUAUUCAAAAAAACUAAAUAUGAAAUAAAAGUAGAGAUAGAAGAAGUCAAGAUAUUUAAGACCAAAGAAAUUGUCAUAUCAACAAACUUUGGCGUUUUUAUUUUCCAUCUAAAUGAAAAGAACGAAUUAAUUUUGGAUUAUUUUCAAUACAUACACCAUCAACUGAGGCAACAAGUUAACCUUAAUUGGUUGAGUAAAUUUAUGUUCAUCUCCAAUAAAUAUCUUGAAGAUGAUAGAAAACUUCCUAUUGAUGGAUGGGUUGCAUACGUAAAGAAUGAUCGAGAAAAUUUUUUAAAACAUGGGACGGCAUUAUUGAUGUUUGCUAUUGAAGUUCAUGAUUUAAAAUUAAUUAAUGAUAUCUAUAAGAAAUGUUUAAAUUAUUUUAAACAAGACUUAGAAAGGAAUAAGGCGUUUUUAACCAUCAUUAAUUCUUCGAUGCCAUUUCUGAAGAUGUGUUAUCCUGAAUAUCUUUCAAGAACUCAACUUUUAAUUGCUUCAACAUUUCUUGGAUUUAUUCACUUGACCGUUGAAAUUCGUCAAUUUAUUUAUAGUCCCAUUAAAUGGUUUCAGGAUUAUCGAAAUUUACUUGGUAUUUUGAAAAUUUUGAAAGAAAUUGAAAUGUUUUACAUGUUACCACAUCAAAGGCGUUGGAAAUCUUGGUUCCCGGACACCAUUUAUUAUUACGCUAAUGUUGAUACAUCGCGUAGAAAGGUUAAUGAGUUAAUUAAGAAUGAUGAAUGGAGACCCGAAGAAUUUCCAGAGAUGAAGAGAAACUUGUUAAAAAUCCUAGAUGUUCAAGAUAAUUAG